AUGAAACUUGCACUAGUUUUUGAUAUUUCACUGGUGAUGUUAUCAAUUCGCAACAAAAGUACUUACAAAACGCUCAAAAUACUACUACUACAAAAAAAAAAAUUUCUCACCACAAUUAUACCCACUAUCAAAUCAAAUUACAACCAAAUGACAAAUCACAAUAAUACAAAUCAUUUAAUUAUUCUUCCAUGUCAUUCCAUUUGGAAACAAGGCGGUCGAACAUUAGGUGAUUCACGUGAUGAAUGGCAUCUUGUAGAUUUCCAAAUUGAAGGAUAUGAUCAUCUUUCAAUGAAACAUCAUAUAUUACUUAGUAUUUCUGAAUUAAAUCAAGAUCCUAAAUCACAUUUAAUUAUAUCAGGAGGAGAAACUAAAAAAGAAGCAGGACCCAUUUCUGAAUCUUUAAGUUAUUAUAUGUUAGCUAAAGAAUUAUUUAAAAAUGAUGAAGAAUUAAUUUUAGAUAGAAUAUCUACUGAAACUUUUGCUAGAGAUUCUUUUGAAAAUGUUGUGUUUCUGAUAUGUCGAUUUUAUGAAAUAUUUGGAACAUAUCCUGAACGUAUAACUAUUGUUGGAUUUGAAUUUAAAAGAAAAAGAUUCUUGGAUCUUCAUUUGGAAACGGCUUUAUUAUUUCCUAAAGAAAAAGUUGUGUAUAUUGGUAAUGCACCUGAUCCUAAAGAUAUUACUGAUAAAGAAGAAAAAGAAAGAUAUUUUAAAGAGAUUGAUGAGAAUGAAUAUAAAUUUGCAGUUAGUUUAUUUGAAACUGAUUGGUAUGGAAUAAAUAGUGGAUUAUUGAAAAAGAAAAUGAAAAGAAAUCCGUUUAAUAGAUAUCAUGGAUAUGUACAAAGUAAUCCUCAUUUAGCAGAUUUCUUAAUUGCCAUUCAUGAUAAUUCAUCAAAAACUAAUGAAAAUGAGAAAAUAAGAGAUUUACUUCUACAUAUGCCUUGGAUAGAAUAA